UUUACAGGGUGGUCGCGGGGCAUGCUGGGAGUUGCAGUUCCAUGUUGAGUUAGGGUUUCGCGAGUGAAAGGCUGCAAAGUCCAAGGUUUCCAGUUUCCCUUUGAUAGUCACCGGGCCACAGGUGAGCCGUUAUCGGCUACCGUUAAGGACCGUUACCAUUCCUGGGUUUCCCCGGCCUGGUGGAGCAGCUGAUUGGCGAGUGUGCCAAGUGUCCAGGCUUCCUACCUCCUACCCGGCCUGUCUCCUCUCUGUCCUGGCAAGAUGUUUCUGGUGGGCCUAACGGGAGGCAUUGCCUCAGGCAAGAGCUCCGUCAUCCAGGUGUUCCAGCAGCUGGGCUGUGCUGUGAUUGAUGUGGAUGUCAUUGCCCGGCACGUCGUCCAGCCAGGCUACCCUGCCCACCGGCGCAUCGUAGAGGCCUUUGGCACUGAAGUCUUGCUGGAGAAUGGCGACAUCGACCGAAAGGUCCUUGGAGACCUGAUCUUUAACCAGCCUGACCGCCGGCAGCUGCUCAACUCUAUCACCCACCCUGAGAUCCGCAAGGAAAUGAUGAAAGAGACCUUCAAGUACUUCCUCCGAGGGUAUCGCUAUGUGAUUCUGGACAUCCCCCUCCUGUUUGAGACCAAGAAGCUGCUCAAGUACAUGAAGCACACAGUGGUAGUGUACUGUGACCGAGACACACAGCUGGCACGCCUGAAGAAGCGGAACAACCUGAGCCGUGAGGACGCGGAAGCGAGGAUCAAUGCCCAGCUGCCCCUGAAGGACAAGGCCCGCAUGGCCAACCACGUUCUAGACAACUCAGGAGAGUGGAGCCUCACCCGACGCCAGGUCAUCCUCUUGCAUGCCAAGCUGGAGCGUUCCAUGGAGUACCUGCCGCUGAGGCUCGGCUUCCUGACGGGCCUCGCGGGCAUUGCCAGCCUCCUCUACCUGCUCACCCGUUACCUCCUCCCUUCCCCCUAGCCGGGUACACCAAAGCAUCGAGCCUUAGGCCUCCUCUUCCUUAGAGACCUAAGUCAGGUUCCAUGUCCUCAACACUACACUCACUCUGGCUCUGAGACCAGCCCCUGUGCUGGGCUGGCUCUGGAGUGUAUCAUCCAGUCUGGGACUCAGAGAGCAAGAAGCCCACUGUCAGUAGGUACCCUUCCCGCCCUCCCUAGCGCCUCCCUAGCGCCUCCCCCUCUCCUAGCACCACCAGCCCAACAGUAUCCGUGACCGUGAGGGCAGGAAAACAGCAGUUAGCAGUCUCUGUGGCUUUGUGCCCAACAGUUUCUUGGGUUUGAAUCUUCUUGGAGCAUCUGCCCCAUCGUGGCCAUAGCCUCCAUAGUGGACCCCAGCAAAUCCUUCUAGACUGAAGGCCUUCUCCUUCAGACAGAACUGUCUCCUGGCUUGAAGCCUUUGCCAGGGUGCAGUGUGACCCUCUCAGAAAUGCCGAGGCAGGGCCCUUUGGAGAGACCCAGCUUCUGCGGGGCUUUACUCACAGCUUGGCCGCUACCUCCACCACUCUGCCUCCGCGCCCUGUACUCUCGGCAUCCCCCAGGACCCAUGGUACCUUACCUCUGUGCCUUCCCCAGAUGCUCCCUGCCCAGCAGUAUCUUAGCCCUGGCUGCGCCUGCCCAGGCACCAGCAGCCCCGGGCUGAAUCAGGUGCGCUAAGAUCACCUGCCCGGGUUUUCUCUUGAUCAUGGUAGACUAACCAUCAAGGAACUGGUUGAUUUCUCCUAGACUCUGCGCCCCUAGGCGGCAGGGCUGACUCAUCUCUAGUGUACUGCAGCCUGCUCCCCAAUAAACGGUGCUCAAUAAACGGAAUUGUUCUGAAGCGUC